AUGUAGGUAAAUCAAAGAAAAAAUUCUGAUAAAGAAUUCUAAAAAGUAGAUAUUGUUGUCAGCAGCUAAGUUGAAACAAAAGAUGACUUAGAAUUAAAUGUUGAAUAAAAUGAAAAAAUGUAUCUUUUCAUGCUCUUCUUGAUUGGUAUAAUUAAUAAUACAGGGUAUGUUUUAGUUGGUACAGCUGCUUAAGAUAUAGCAAAUAAGUUUGAUAUGAAAAACUUUAUGACACUCUUUUAAUUAUCAUUGAUUGUUUUAUCUGGUGUUAUGCGUUCAAUCAAUUCAAAAUUCUUCAUUAAAAUCUCUCAUAAGAAGAGAAUAUUUGUUUGCAUUGUAUUAUCUAUUGGCGCCUAUAUAAUUAUUGCUUUUUCUUCAAAAGCUAAUGGCAAAUGGGGUUUCUAUACAUGCUUAGUUGGAUCGGUAAUGUGCGGUACCAUGUAGGCAUUUGGUGAAUCUGUAAUGUUAGGUUACUUAAAAGUGUUUCCUUCAAGACUUGUAGCUGGAUGGAGUAGUGGUACAGGUUUUGCUGGUCCUUUCGGUUCAGGAUUACUUCUUAUUUUGAAGGCUGUUAAUUUAGAUCUUUACAUCAUAUUUUUAAUCAUGAUUCCUAUUGAGGCAAGCUAUUGGUUAUGUUUCUUAUGGUAUGACAAUAGAAAGAGAAAAUUCUAUAAGUCUAAUCAAGUAGGUUCAGAAAGCAAUUGCAGUGAAAGCCAAUAAGGUGAGGAAUCACAAUAAUAAUUAAUUGAAAAAUCAGAAGAUGAUGAUGCUAAAAACAAUAAGAAGUUGUCUAUUCAAAAUAUCAAAUCAGUGAUGCCAAAAAUGUGGACUCUAGCAGUAAAUCUUGGAUUAGUUUAUUAUCUCGAAUACGUCAUUGAAACAGUAUGGGCAGAAAGAGCACAUCCAUAAUUAGAUAGUGAUUAAUACUCUGAUGACUUUAAUGGAUUCUUAGAAAAAAAUGGUUUUGUUAUCCUUUGUUUUUGCUACUAAAUUGGUGUAUUCAUUAGUAGAUCAUCUUUAUAUCUCAUAAAAAUCAGAAAAGUAUUUAUCUUUACUGCAGCUUAACUUGGUAACUUUGGACUUUGGAUUUUCUUUGCAGUAAACAAAUCAGUACCUAUGGGAGUAUAAAUUCCAUGCAUGAUUUUUGUAGGAUUAAUGGGAGGAGCUUCAUAUGUAAAUGUCAAUUAUUUGUUAUUAAAUCAUUAAGAAAUAGACAGAAACGAAAAAGAACUUGCUAUGAAUAUUUGUUCUAUUUUUAAUGAUACAGGUGUACUAUUAUCGUCUUUAAGUGGUCUAGUUAUUGAUAAUUUUAUCAUGAAAGACUGA